AUGCUCGUCCCAUCACUAUUAUUUCUCGUGGCGAUCGCUUACGCAAAUGAAGAUGAAGAUUUAGCUCCAUCGAGCGGGGUGAUCGUAAUGGAAAUCCCAGAUUAUGCAUCAGAGAUUCUAGGCCGUUCAGUUGGUAGUGGUGCUAAACGAGCAGUAAUGCCAGCCUCCGGAGGCAUAUACGGAAAACGUGCUGUGAAUGCCUUUCUCAGGCGGUCUUUACGGCAAACGAGCAAAUAUGCCCUUCUCAGGAGGUCAGUUGGUCUCUCAUUCUCGCCUCAUUAUGAAAAUCGAUAUAUCGAUCUUCCAGGAAUGUACGGUAAGCGAUCAGAGGUGCUUGACGAUUUCUAUGAUGAACGACAAGAAUUGCCACUUUCUGCAGGAUGGCAAGAGAAACGUGCCGUAAUGCCCUUCUCUGGUGGACUUUAUGGCAAACGGGCGGCGGUAAUGCCAUUCUCUGGUGGUCUCUACGGUAAGCGGGUUGCAAUGCCGUUCUCAGGCGGACUAUACGGAAAACGAUCUGAUCGAUUUAUUCGAUCACCGAUGCCAAUCUCAGGCGGUUUCUUCGGCUAA